AUGAGUGAAAGUGGGAUUGUUGGCAUUAUUUUGACAGUUAAGUGGUCAUCACAAGAACCUGAAAUAGUUUUUCACUUUCCAUCAGAUUCAUACGAGAUUCUACCACAUUAUCGUGCAACAUUUCCAUCAUGGUUAUGCUUUGGAAUUGAAAGUUCAAAGUUAGCUCACUUAAUCCUUCCUUCAGAAGCUUUUCUGUGGGACAAAUUAUCAGAUUUAGUGAUUGAGACAAAUUCAAAUUGCUAUAGAUUUAUGUUUUUCCCAUGUUCCUCUCCAUUUGAAGUCAUUGGUGUUUAUGGAAAUUGUGGAAAUAGAAAUAACACUCUGCAACAAGAAAGUAUUAAUAAUUAUGUAUCUCAAUAUAAAAAUUCGCAAAAAUCUUUUAUUGAAAACUUUUCAGUAUGCCUAGUUCUGAAUGCAACUAGUCACUUUGACUUUCAAGUCAUAGAAGAACUUAUGAAGUCACUAACAUAUACUUUGAUUAAUGCUGAAGCAAGCAUUGGAAUGCUUUCAAGUGAGGUUGAAGUGAUAAAUUAUAUUAUAUUUGAAUAUUUUGAAGAUAAGGAAAAGUUUAAUUUAGAAGCUCAGCAAAUUCCCAACAUGGAAGGCCUAAGCCUGGAAAUCAUCGCAACAGAAAAGAGUCCAAAUAAAGAUGGUAAUUGCUUAAUGAGUAAUAUAGAAAAUAAAAGUAUUUUAGCUCAGCAGUUUGUAAAAUUGUAUAAAAGUCUCAAUUACGACUAUAAAAAUUUUAUUUUUUCACUAAAUAAUGGAUUUAUACGAAGUGACAUGUUAAAUUUAAAAAGUAAAUUUAUUCCAUUAGAAUAUAACUGGAACGAAACAUCAUUAUCGGUUGAUUAUCAUAAAAUAUGCAACACUCAUGAUACAAGUAAACUUCUCGAGUUAAUAAUAGAAAUUUCAGAUCCUCAUCUUUCAAUAAAGGAAAUUUCAAAUGAGCUAUUAGAGCCACUUUCAAGUGUAUUACGCUGCUGUUAUCAUCUUGUCAACAAUGAUAUUGCAAGAUUUAUCGAUAAAAUUGAUUAUAGAAAAAAGUAUGUGUUGGUAAACUCUAAUGUCCAACAUAAAAUAGAAGCUUUCAGUAAAGAGUUUAAUUCAAACAUUGAUUGGAAGUCAUGUUGUCCAUUAAUUGUGAUUUGCUCAUUCUUUUGCAAUGGAGAUGAACUUUCGAUUAUAAAAAAAAAGUUAGUUCAAUUUUGUUUAAAAUAUCCUUAUAUAUCUAAAUUUGACCAUUAUAUUGAUACUGCAUAUAACAAUAAUAAAUACUUACUAACUUUUCCUAAAAGAGAUGUGCAAGUAUUGGUUACAUCUAUAAUAUCAUGGUUAGUAAAUAACCAUUGUAUAACUAUAUUGAAAGAGCAAUUUGGGGCGCUAAAGUAG